AUGGCUCGUCUGAGCUACCUCCUCCUCGCCUCCCUCUCCGUCUUCAAUGGCGUCCUCGCAUCCAAAUCCGCUGUCUUGGACCUUACUCCUAAGAACUUUGAUGACGUUGUCUUGAAGUCCGGCAAACCAGGCCUCGUCGAAUUCUUUGCCCCAUGGUGUGGACACUGCAAGAACCUUGCCCCCGUCUACGAAGAGCUCGGUCAUGCAUUCGGGGCAAGCAGCGAGAAGGUCUUUAUCGCGAAGGUCGACGCUGAUGCCCAUCGACCUCUAGGCAAGAGAUUUGGUGUACAGGGCUUCCCCACGCUCAAAUGGUUUGAUGGCAAGAGUGAUAAGCCAGAGGACUAUAACGGUGGAAGGGAUUUGGAGAGCUUGAGCGAGUUCGUUGCGAGCAAGACCGGUCUCAAGCCUAGGUUGAAGAAGGCCCAGCUCAGCGAGGUUGUGAUGUUAACCGAUUCUACUUUUGAUAAGACCAUUGGUGGCGAUAAGGACGUUUUUGUUGCUUUCACUGCCCCUUGGUGCGGACACUGCAAAACCCUUGCUCCAAUCUGGGAGAAUUUGGCCACCGAUUUCAUUCUAGAGCCUAAUGUUAUCGUUGCAAAGGUCGAUGCUGAAGCUGAGAACUCCAAAGCUACGGCCAAGGCCAACGCUGUUGCUUCUUACCCAACCAUCAAGUUCUUCCCUCGUGGCUCCAAGGAAGCCGUUGCCUACACUGGUGGACGCACUGAGAAAGACUUUAUAGACUUCUUGAAUGAGAGGUGUGGAACUCACCGUGAAGUUGGAGGUGGUCUGAACGAUAAAGCUGGUACAAUUGAAGCCCUUGAUGCCAUUGUUGCCAAGUACAUCUCGGGAACCAGCUUCGAGCCCAUGGUCAAGGAGAUUAAGGAAGCUGCUGGAUCCCUCUCGGCUAAAUAUGCCGAUUACUAUGUUAAAGCUGGAAAUAAGUUGCAGGAGAACGCCGAAUAUGCUCAGAAAGAGCUUGCUCGUCUGCAGCGUAUCUUGGACAAAGGAAAUCUUACUCCUGAGAAGAUUGAUGAUUUGGUUUCUCGAAGCAACGUCCUUCGUCGGUUCGUGGGUGAAGAGAAAGCCAAGGAUGAGUUGUAA